UGUCGCGCUAUUAUUAUGUACUCAAAUUGUCAAACGAGCUCACGACGCUUGUGAACAUUAAAUUCUUUUUGUUAGUUUUUAGAUUGUAUUCAGUAUUUUAUUUUGUUGAAAAUGGACUCUGAUUCAGAGAAAUUGUGCAUGGAGGAAAUUGAUCAUUUGGUGCUUGACAAUGAUAAAAAGGUCACUGUUGCCUACAUUUCGAACACUUGGAACAUUCCGAAUAAGGAUGGGGAAGUUAUUCUAGAAAAAUGGCUGAAAAAUUACACUGACGACAGAUCGAUUGUAAAAGAAUACUUGAUUCGAGGCAAUGACACAAAUGGAAAUGCGAUUAUCACUGUGAUUCCUGAAAAAAGUCUGGCGAAAGUGGAAAAAAUAUGCCCAAAAUUCACUAAAACACUUUACAGCAUCGAAAUAGGCAGCAUCAAUGGGAAAAGUUUGAAUGUGCAUGAACCAGCCGCAAAUAAAUUCAUCAGUUUGAAGCUAAACAGCAACCCACGAAACGUUAAGGUCCAUGAAAUUGUUGUUCCGCAAGCGGAAAAAUCAAUAAAGAAAGAAUCCGAACCGCCGAAAAAAACGAAUCUAUUCGGUGUAGCAGCAUCGAAGCAAGCAGAGAAAAAAGAGGUUAAAACCGUUAAGAAUGAAUCAGGCAGUUCUAAAGAAGCUAAAGUAAAGGAGGAAAAGACUAGCCCGAAGAAGCAGAGCCCGAAAAAGAAUCAACCACCUUCCAAGGCACAGUCAAGCAAGUCGAUUGCUUCAUUCUUUGGCUCCAAGCCAUCGUCAUCGAAAUCGAAUGCGACGAAGGCUGACAAAUCGGUUUCUGAAGCCACUUCCAAAAUUGAAAGCGUAACAAUUAAGGAUGAACCAGUCGAAGAAACGUCAAGUGGUACGAAAAAUACACAAAAAAGAUUCCAUUCAAAUACAAGUGAUUCGAAUGAAGAUGCAAAAUCGGCCGAGAAGAAACAAACAAAGAAAAAGAUGAAAUUGGAGCCAAAGUCACAUCGGUCCCGUGUGAUGCAACUCUGUGAUUCGUCAUCCGAUGAAGAGAGCACGACAAAUGGUAAAGACAGUCAAGAUGAGCCAAUGGACACUGAAGAAGAGGUGGUUGUAAAGAAAGAAAAGGAAAACAAAACACCGUCGCCCGAAAAAAUGACGAGCAACAAAGUGAAUGGAAGUUCAAGUGGCAAACGUCGUGCUAAGGUUAAGAAAACUGUCACAAGAACAUAUGAAGAUGAAGAUGGUUUCAUAAACACCGUUCGUGAAACAGAAGAAGUCAGUUGUUCCGACGAAGAACCAGAAGUAGCACCACCACCACCGAAAAAGGCCGCUACAAUCACAGACAACGGCAGCAGUUCAACUGCAACCAAAAAGAAAAUCUCACCACCGGCGGGAAAGAAACAAGGAUCGAUUUUAAGUUUCUUUGGAAAGAAAUAAGCUAAAACAGAAAAAAAAUUCAUUUCUUCUUAUCAUCCCAGUUACAUUGAAUAAAGACUUUCAAGUCAUUUUUGCAUAAGAAA